UUGACCCAAAGUGGUACUAAAAGACUGUUACAAGGGGUUUAUUUAUGGGUUUCAGCAUAAGUCAAUCAGGCCGUCUUUAGGACUAAUGCCGCUGGAAUUGGACGCACCGAUUUUGGACUGAUUAAUGGCGGAACUAUAAAAUUAAAUAAUACAGCACUGCUGCUACUUCUUUCUUGUCACGUCGCUUGCUCAUAAAGCUACCGAUCUGGCACUCUGAAUAGUGCAGACAACGUCAGAGCGUGCGCCAAAUAAGGAUUCCCUAACUCAGGCAUGGGCAUAGAGCAUGGAGCAUGUGGCCAACAUGCGACGCAUUGUCAACUAGCUUUCGGUCCUAACUAUAAAAGAGCACCGCAUUGCUGCCAAUGGCAACAGUUGUCAGCGCAAUCUUCUUAGCACCACAUACACAUCCGUACACCAAAUCCUGCAAAAUGUCCAAGCUUCAAAUAAUGCUCUUCGGCAUUGUCCUUUGCCUGUUGGCUCUCAGCGAGGCGCAGUCUCAGAAUCAGCGCCAGCGUUAUCAGCAGCAGCGCUUGUUCCGUACACGCUCUCGUACUUUCGCGCGCCAGGAAGUUGCGCCAGCGGACGCGGAGGCGGCUGUCACUCCCUACCCUUCGGCGGAUGAGCUGAAGCCAGAGGUACCAUUCGAUGAGGCAGCCGCUGCAGAGCCAACGCCCGAUGCCGUCUAUGGACCCCCAGAGUUCAUGCCCGAUGAGGUUUAUGGCCCACCCGACGCAGCUGGCAACGAUUUGCCCGCUGCCGCAGACGUCCCCACCGAGCAGGCGCGUCUUGUGGCCGCCAGGCGUGCGGCCAACUAUCGUCGUGCCCAGUUACAAGCAAAUCGUCGUCCUGCCAAGCUUAGCGCCGUCAGACGAGCCUAGAUUCCUGCUCCAUGCGAGCGCUGCAACAGCUUGACUCAAACCCAUGAAAAUCUACAUGCGAUCAAUAAUGUUCACACACACUCACACUAACACACAAGUUUUGACUGUAAGCAAAUGACAAAUAAAUUGUUUGGGAUUAAUGCCAA